UUAAGCAGUUUAGAAGUGGAGACAGAGAGACAGCCGUGGUCAAAAUUCGAUCAACAUUAUAUUUUUUUCUCAUUUCAUAUUUUCCAUCUCCCUCCCUAUCAUCUCAGAGAGAUCUUUUCUCUGAAACCCUAAUCUCCAUGGGAGACUCUAUGCCUCCGCGUCGCAUUUCCGUUCAUCAAGCUCUCGGCGGUGGCGCCGUUGCUGAUGUGCUGCUGUGGAGGAAUUGGAGUGGAGGAAUCGUAGUGCUGACAUCUGCAACGGCGUCGUGGUAUCUAUUUGAGCGAGCCGGUUACAAUCUCUUGUCCUUUGGGGCCAAUGUUCUACUGCUUCUUGUGGUUAUCCUCUUCUUUUGGGCCAAAUCUGCUUCACUUCUCAAUAGACCUUUGCCUCCUCUUCCUGAUAUGGAAAUAUCUGAGGCGUCUGUCAUGAAGGUUGCUGAUACACUGCAUGUUUGGAUUAAUCGUGGACUCUCUAUUGCGCGAGACAUUGCUAUUGGCAGGAAUUUCAAGCUCUUUCUUCAGGUUUCUGUUUUCUUGUGGGUAGCAUCUUACAUUGGAAGUAUCUUCAACUUCCUUACUCUUGCCUACGUUGGGGUUCUAAUCAGUCUUUCAGUGCCCGUCUUAUAUGAUAAGUUUCAGCGCCACAUUGAUGAGAAACUCUCUGUAGCAAAUAGAUCAAUACAAACGCAGUACAGGAAACUUGAUGAGAGCAUCCUAAAGAAGAUAACAAUGCAAUCACACAAGGAGAAGAAGGUGCAGUAGGGUAUCAUGGAGCUCAGAGAAGUGUGAUAGUAGCCUUAGAGAUGGUUUUGAAUGGUUUUCGACAUGAGGGUUUCUUUUGGUUGGCAUGCUGUUGCUAUACAUAUUGACAGCCAGACGGCAUGGCUGACAACAUUUGAAUGGAUCCCAUUAGCUUCUAAGUUUGAGUUUCAGCGUUGCGACCUUAUAAUCUUGUUAAUUUUUUGGUCAAUAGUUAUUGAAUUGUUGGAUCCUGGCGGAUGUGCUUUACAAGACGGGAUGAAAGAGUAGGAAACUUUUUAUCAUUUUAAUGAAAUAUAGAAUGUACUGGUUUUUUUGCUAUACUUCAAAUUUCAGUGUUGUACUUUUUCUUGCUAUUUUGGGUUCUUGGACAUGCAUAGAAAAUUUUAAAGAGCAUAGUGUUUGGUGUUA